CCCCUCCCUCGCCAUGGCACAGCAGACAGACAACACGAUGCACCACGCGCUCAUGAUCAAGCCCGUCCCCCGGCUGCUCGGGCUCGAGGCCUUCCAGGCGCAGAACCUCUGGACGCCGCCGUCCAACCGCGGCGUGUACGGCGGCCAGGUCAUCGGGCAGGCGCUCAUGGCGGCCGUCAGCACGGUCGAGGGCAAGGACCUGCACUCGCAGCACUGCUACUUUCUUCUUCCGUGCGACUCCCGCCUACCGGUGACCUACUGCGUCGAGCGGCUGCGCGAGGGCAAGAGCUACUCUACGAGACUCGUGCACGCGAUCCAGAACUCGGAGACAAUCUUCACCCUCAUGGCGAGCUUCACGCUCCCGCCGGUACCCAUCGCCCCGGAGAUCGCGGCCAAGGUCACCGGCGCGACGCCACCAGAGGACGGCCCGGUGCCCUUCUCGACGCGGUACCAGCGGCCGAUGCCGUCCGACAUCCUGAGCUUUGAAGAGGCGUCGCGGGACGACAACAGGUGGAAGGACUACGUGACGACCAUGGCGGAUUUCGGGCUGCGCAUCAACCCCACCGACGCGGAGGCGCGCAAGGCCGUCCUCGCUGACCGGGUGAUCGUGCGCCCUCUGAUGGCUGUCGGCGCGCGCGCGCAGGCCGGCAAGAACUCGGCUCAGCGCGCAGUGUGGCUCCAGCCCCUGUUUGGCGGCAGGAAGGUCUCGCCAAACGAGGCGCGCGCCAUGAUCGGGUACAUUACCGACUCGCAGACUGUCGCGACGGCCGGCCGCACAGUCGGGCUGUCGGCCACGUCGGACCCCAAGCUGGGCAUGGUUGCAACAAUCGACCACACGAUCCACUACUACCCCUUCCCCGAAUCCUACGACGGCACGCAGCCUGUGCUGCACGUCAUCGACGCCAUCGCCGUCGACCUCACGACAGGCCGCGGCGUCCUCAACGGCCGAGUGUACACCCAGGACGGCGUGCUCAUCGCCGCUACGAGCCAGGAGGGCGUCGUGCGUGCGCGCCAGGCGGGCAAGAAGCCGCGCAGGGAGGGGCCGAAGCUGUAGACUAGGGCCUGGCUGGGUGAGGCAGCGUUGCAGCUGCUGGUUGUAGCUGCGCUUCUAGUGCGUUGUAGUAGAUCUUGCAUACAUGCUGU